CGCAGGCUGUCAUCAGUUCCUCGCGAGGAAAGGUGUUGAGUAUUCAGAGCUGGGCAGACGGGAUGCACACAUAGUUUUAAUGUCCCCUGGAUUCAAGAAAACUCUAGAAUUAUCGCUUGUUUGCUCUAUUCAUAUCAAAGAUCACCACGCGCCGACAAAAUGAGUCAUCUGAACCCAGGUCUUAUUUCAGCUUACAAUAGCUUAACUGACAAACAUCUGACUGGAUACUUCAACAAUGUGAGAAUACGGAGACAUCUUCAGAAGGUUGGGCUGAUCUCCCGGAGCGGACGGAUUGUUCCUGAUAAGGAGUACAGGCACAAGCUGAUCCAGCGAGCACAUCAGAGACAUGUGAGAGAGUGUCUGGCUCAGGCCAUCUUUCACAAGGUGCUAGACAUGGAGCGCCUUCAUCAAUCCGAGAUCAAGAGAAAACUUGAGGAAUUUGCACGAAGGGAACGAAUCCACAAAAUAAAGGCUGAGCGCUCCAAGAGAUAUGAAGAUGAACCAAUGCUAAUGCUGUCACCUCGGCCACCCACGGGGCCGAAGAUCUCUCACGUACGGCAUUCUGGGCCGGAGGGAGAGCAUUCCGAGUCAACAGAAUCUCCGAGUUCCUCAAGGCCCAACACGGCUCCGGGGAAGAUGCAGAGGCCUGUCCGUCUCAAGCCCCUGAACAGUAACAGUGCCACGGCCUCUCUGGAGAGAACCUCCCCUCGACACAGACCCCUGGACCGGGACUCCUCUAACGACACAGAUCAGCUCCUCAGUUAUACGCUGGACAAAGACGCCAUGAGACAUUUGACCAUGACAGACUGCUCUAGCACUGUCUCGCCGUACCGUCUUCCUGUCAUUAACAACUAUGUGACCCCUGUGCCGCCCCUCACGAAGAAAAAAGAGAGAGGGCCGAGAGCGAACGGUACACACAGGGGUCGAAAGUUAAGACCCACUACAGCACCAACUACAGAGCCAUCUUCUCUCCAGAGGACAUCAGCCCAGAGUAAAGUGUCAGUAAGCAUGGUAUACUUUGGGAAGAGUGUUCACCUGUCCCAUGAUUUGAUGGACCUCAGAGAUGAGGUCAAGGUCUUCCAGCAGCACUGUGGAGGAGAGAACCUCUGUGUCUACAAAGGGAUGUUGAGCGAGGGAGAAGUUUUCCAAUUUGUGUCAAGACGUCACCAAGGAUUUCCAUUCAGUCUUACAUUCUUCCUGAAUGGCCUGCAAGUGGAAAGGCUCAGCUCCUGCUGUGAGUUCAAACACAGGAAAGGCACUCGGCUCGGGGGCAGACAUGGACACUUUGGAUUUUGCGGGGUGGAGGGAGCCUCUCCUUGCUACAAGUGUAUUAUUGCCAUGGGCUUGGAUAAAAAACCAACCCCUCCUCAAAAAAGAGUGAAAGAGGAGCUGCCCACCUCUAAAUCCCCAGAUGCUAAGGAGGCCACAGAUGUAGAUGAAGACAUACACACACAUUCUAACGCUGUGCCUGACACACCUCUGGAAAUGGAGACUGAGCCUAAUGGAGAAACAUCAGGGAAGAAAAAGACCAAAGAUGACUAUGAGGAAGACUUUGAGGCAGAUGAUGAAGGACCAGUUGAAGAUGUUGAUGAAGUAGAGGAAAAGACAUCUGCUGCCAAUGGUGGAGAAAAAGAGACCAGGGAUGAAAAUGACAUAAAUGAAGUGAAAAGCAACACUGACAGUGAUGACACCAUGGUCAAAAGGUCACCAUCUGUCUCAUCUGGACGAUCGUCCAGCUUGUCCAGCAGUGACGGUGACAACAGUGAAAGAGAAAUUGUGGAGGACACCAAAAAUGUCAGCACUGCUAAUGUUCCGGAGGAGAGCUUACAUGCAGAGGAGGACCUCACCACAGCUGAGACCAAACCGGAGGAGACAGAGGUCACAGAGUCCAGCGACAUUACAUUACCUCAAGCUGCAGCGGAAGACUCUGGGACACAGGAUAGUCCUGGGGAUGGCAUGGAGAAGAGCGACCUGGAAAUGUCAGAAGACACAGACAAGAAAGAGGGAACUGAAGGUGAACAAUCUGGGGAGGAUGCCAAACCUGAAGAUAAGCCACAAGAGAUCGAGCCAGAGAGAGCCAAGUCAAUGCAAGAAAAGUUGGCUGAGGCCAUUUUAAAGGAAUCUCAAUGUAGUUCAGAGCCAGAGUUUAGUGAUACAAGCACAGAGGAAGAUGAAGGGGCCUCAGUGAAGACCCAACAGGACGCCCAAGGAGCAGAAAUGGAGAGUGAGGUGGCUUUGACCUCACCACAACCAUCAAACACACUGGAUGAAAUUUCAGAGAAAGGUCAAGCCAACACACGAGAGUCUCUAUGUGAGGAAACGGCACAAGAGCCUCAUGUCCACAUAGAAGAAGAAAGAAAAGAAAUAGGAGAGACUCAGGAGGCAGCAGUAAGUUUAGACAUAGAGGAAACGCAGAAGGACGAACAAAGUGCGAGGACAAAUGAAGUUGAACAACCAGAUAAAAGAGAGGAAGUAAAAACUGAGACUGAAGAUAUGCAGGGGAAAGAUAUGGAUGAGAACAAUACAAAUGCAGAGGUUAAUCCGGAGUUUAAAGAAGAAGAGAAAGACGUAUUAGUACAGGAGCCAGAGAGGCAUACUGAAAUGCUGGACACUGGAAAUACAGACACUGAGGUUCCAGAGAUGGAGGAGAUGGAUUCGGUAUCUCAUACAGAGAAUGAUACACAAACAGGGGCAGGUGACACUCAGAGGCAGCCAGACGCUGAUGACGCAGAUCAGAACAUAGAGAGAAGGAGCGACGGACAGCCAGACAGAGAUGAAAGAGAAGACCUAGCAGAUGAGGCUGGGGAUGAAAGGUCAACUGGGGAAAUGGUACAGGAGACAGGUGGCAAGGUGGGUGGUGGGGGCUCUGUUGGUGAGGAAGAAGAUGGUGAAAAAUCUAGUGAAGAGAUAGAAGAGACAAAAAUGCUAGAGGUUGAGGAUACAAGUGAAGAUCUGGGAAUAGAGGAGAAACCCGGGGAAGAAGAAGAGAUACAAGUUGGAGAGAAAGAUAAUGAGUUAGAAAGUGAUCAAGAUUCAAAAGCAGAAGAUAAACAAAAUAGGGACAGUACAGAAAAAGACAAGGAUGGUGUGAAUGAUGAACAUAAAGAAAGUGAAGAUGGAAAACUGUCUAUUGAGGUUAUAAAUAAACUUAAUGAGUCACAGGAAACUCAAAGUGUUAGGGCAGAGGGUAAUGAAAAAGAGGAUGAUGGUAUGAAUGAUAAGCAAAAAGAACCAGAAGAUGGAGAACAGGUUAAAAACAUACUUAGUGAUGGAGCUGAGGAAGAGGGGUACGAGAAACCAAACAGUGAGGUUGAGAUUGGAGAAGAAAUUAAGAAAGGGAAAGAUGAAAAGAUGGAAAAUAGGUCUCAGGAAGAGGACGGGAAGGUGGAUGAGAUGGCAGCGGGAACAGAUGGAAACUGUGUAGAGAAUGAGGCAAAAGACAAAGAGCAUGAGAAUGAGUUAGAAACAGGAGAAAAGUUUAUAGAAGAGCAAGAGAAUGAGAUGGCAGAUACAAACGAGAUUAGUGAGAAUACAUUGGAGGCAGGUGAUGGAAAAGAGGCUGUUUCUGGUGAGAAUACAAAAUUAGAAGACAACUUUGAGGACAGAAAUGAGGAAUCAGGUUCACAGGAAGAACAAAAAGAAAUGGGUUCCAGCGGGACGCUCGAGGAUGAAACAGUGGCCAGUACCAAGGAAGAACUGGAUGAACUUGCUGGGGUGAAUAAUGAACUGGUGGAUAGGAACGUAGAUGCUAAAAAUGGAGAGGGACAAGAUCUUGAAGGGUCUGAUAUGGUGGAAGAAUAUCUCCAAGAGGAAACGCGAGACAAAUCAGAGGGUGAGACAACUGGUGAUAGUACUCAAGAAGUUAUAGAUAACACUGAAAAGACAGAGACUGAUAAAGAUGUGAAAGAAGAAGAAAAUGGUAAUGACAAAGAGCAAGAGAUAGAAAACAAGGUGAAUGCUCAAGAUCUUCCCUCAGAGAGAGAGUCUCAGUUGGGCAGUGAACAGGAGGACCAGGGCAGUGACAACCAAAGAGCUGACAAAGAGGAUGACAAAGAAUCAGAAACCUCUGCAACAACAUUCAUAGAAAACAUAACUCCUCAGAUAACACAGACGAUGGCCAAUAAGGAUACAGAAAGUGAGAUUGUCUCAGCCGAAGCUAAAGUCACAGAAGAGGAACCAGAACUGAAAGGUACAGACGACGAACUAAUAAGUAGAGAUGCUCCUGAAGGAGGGAUGGAUGGUGAUCAAGUGCAACCUUUGGAGAAGCAAGGGAAUCUUGUCAAUGAAGAGAGUGGCUCAUCAGUUUCCCAUACGGUGGAAUCAGAACCUGUGAAGAAAGUCAAAAAAGAGGACAAAGAUCCAGUUCUGAGCAUUAAUUCAGAUGAUCUUGAUGAUCAUUCAGCAGCUUUAACUAAAGUAGUUGGGGUGGAUCUAGUGAGUAACUGGAUUAACAUACACCAAGAAUCAAAGUAUUUUCAGACAUUCAUCGAACCCCUCGAUGAAGAGGGUCUCAUCUCGGAAGAAACAGAGGAGAGACUAAACGGUGAAGUGUUAGAUGUUACAGAUACACCACCAAGUACUGAUAUUGGGGGCCUUGAUGAAACACUCAAGAGUAGAGAUGAAACUGCAACUCCCAUAAGGAACAACCUCAAUGAGAACACAGAGUCUAUAGUUGAAAGCUUCAAAACAGUGACUAAAGUUGAGGCCAUAGAGGCAGAUGCUUACAGUAAUCACUCUAAUGACAGCAUACAUAGCUUAACCAAAGAUGAAAAUGUCCAGGAGGCUGGAGAUACUAGAGGUUCUUUGGCCACUUCCUGGUCAAGACAGAGUAAUAAUGAAGACACCAAUCAAAAAGACACUGCUAGACAAGAAACUUUGACGUCAGAUGACGUCAUAAACAUGGGGAUAACAGCAACAUCUGAAGACAUUCAAGAACAACAGAAUGUACCUAGAAAUGUCGACCUGAAUGCAAAAGAGACUGACCAAAGUAAUCAACAAAAUAUGACUGAUGAAGCCAAACAUUUAGACCAAACAGAGGAAGCAAGUAACAAAGAGAACUUGGAGAGUUCGGAAGACAAUUUGAAACCUGAGCAUGUACCUCAGUCAGAGCAUAUUGAGCCACAGAGUCCCACAAUCACUGUAAUUACAGACCGCACAAUUGUCAAUAAAUCGGAGAAUGGGAGCCAAGAUGACACAGCAAGUGUAGACUACCAUUCCAGACAGUCAGAUGGAAGCAGGAACGUGAAUGGAAACAGAAGAACUAAAGUAAUUGAUGGCCAUUUCAAACAGACUCUAAGCACAGAGACCUUAAGUACUUUCCCAUUGGAUGAUUCAAGAUUUUUUGGGCCCACGGGAUAUCCUAGAUUAACGACUGCUCACACGGAGAACAGCUAUUAGUACAAUAGUAAAUCUUUCACCUAACCCAGGGGUGUCCAAUCCUACUUCUGCUGGGCCACUGUCCUGCAGAGUUUAGGUCUAACCCCAAUUAAACAUAUUUGAACCAGUUAAUCAAGGAUUACUAGAAACGUCCAUCACAGGUGUAUAGUGGUCAGUUUGAGCAAAACCCUCGAGAAGGAUUGGAUACCCCUGCCUCAACCCAUGUUAAUGGGUUUAAAAUAAUGGCACUUCCUUUUCCUUAUCAGAGACCCAUAGUGAGUCUUGUGUGCUUGGUAGGGAAGCUAUCAACAUCCCACUGAAAAUAGACACCGUAGGACGCACGCUGCACAAAUAAUUUAAUUAUUCAUGAUGCGGAGCCCUCCAGUUGGUUAGGCUGCACUAGCAGUAUAUCGACCCACUUCAGACAUGCAUACCUUAACUAAGAAAAAUUAACAAAAACCAAAAACCUGCACUUUCCUAAUUAGUAUCCGGAACACGUUAAUUUGCUGUUGAACAGUUUUUCUGGAACUAGUUUAAUGGUGUAGUACAUGAUCAGUUCACAUACAUUCCUAUGAUACAUUAGAAUGUUUCAACCCCAGAAGCAAGGCCAAAUUGCUCUAAUAGUACCUAUGUUGUUAGGUGACAUCAUUCAUUAUCUGUUUUAGAUAACCUGUCAAGCUCCUGUUUCACACAUUGA